GGGUAGUUUAGCUAACAAGUGGACCUUAAUUCAAAAAUUUUUCACAUGGCGAAUGGAUGCAAGGACGUAUUAUUCACCCGUGGAACUGGACAGAGCGAUGAUUCGGAUAUAUGGGACGACACUGCACUGAUAAAGGCAUAUGACAAGGCAGUUGCAUCGUUUAAGACUGCUCUCAAGGGUGAAGAUGAACCAGAAACUGCCAAGAAAAACAAACCAGGGAAAAAGAGAAAGAACAACAAAAAGAACCAGACCAGAAAACGAACCAAUACAGCACCAGAGAAAGAGUGGCAGGUUGGAGACUCCUGCUGUGCUUACUGGUCAGAAGAUGGCCAGCUGUAUGCAGCCACUAUUUCUGCCAUAGACCAGAAGAGGGGCACUUGUGUUGUCGUUUAUACUGAUUAUGGCAACGAAGAAGAGCAGAACCUUGAAGACUUACUGUCAGAGAUUUCUGAGGCUGACGAAGAAACAAAUACCAAGGUCAAUGAGGAAGAAUCUUCCACAGAAGAAAGCGACCUGUCGGCCACACCAAACCAGCACAAACACCAGCCUCACAGUAAAACCCAAAAAUCCAAGGCUCACAAAGAACCACCUUCUAUGAGGGCUCCCGGUUUCCCUGGAUUUCCCCCAGGCCCCCCUCCCAUGUAUAAUUUCAGACAGGGAGAAAGCAGGCAGUCUGGUGGACAUGGACCCAUGCCUCCUUCCUGGCCUCCCAUGAUGCCCUUUGGCCCACCUAUGAUCCCACCUCCUCCACCCUUGAGUCCAGACAUGAUGGAUGACGAAGCCUUGGGUAGUGUGCUCAUAUCCUGGUACAUGAGCGGAUAUCACACAGGAUACUACCUGGGAUUGAAACAAGGACGUAAAGAAGCUGGCAAGUGGGCGAAAAUGCACCACAAAUGAAAUUAACUCAUAAGUUACUUUGGUUCUUAAAAGAACCCAGAGCCAACAACUUUAAUUUGUAUGUAUGUCUUUUCAAUAAAAGUUUUGUAUUCUUUGUAAAUAGAAUGAAUAAAUGCUGUCAAGACAAAACA